UGUUAACCCGAACGUUAAAACCGACCUCUCUCUCCCUCCUAUAUAAACCUGGGCUUCCCGGCGAUAUUGUGAAUAGAAAGAGAGAUAGAGAGAGUUAACAAACACCAAGAAAGAACAUAAUUUUCCAAGAAAAAAGAAGUGAUAGAAGUUCCUACGAAUUAUUGGAAAGCAACCAGGGUGAAAGGGGAGAGAGAGAUAGAGAGCUCUGAUCUCAGUGCUCUCUGUUUGGAGUCUAUUUGAUUUGUGUUUCCGAUAGAUGGUGUGUGCCGGUGUGCGAGGGGAGAGAGAGACAGUGCAACGACCUAAGAACACGACCAUGGCGAUGGGACCUGAGAGAUCCAAGGCUCUGCAUAAUUUCACGCUGCCUUUGAAGUGGGGGAACCAGAGGUACCUGCGGUGCAUGAAAGAGAGUCCACAAGACGUCGAUCAGCGAUCUCCUCCUCCGACACUGGACAGCUCGCCAGUCACUCGGCGUCGGGAAUUGGAUAGGAAGAAGAAGAGGGAUUGGAAAUCGGGAAUCGAGAGCGGAGGAGGAGGAGGCGGCGAGGGAAUCCAGGCGUUGAGGAAGAAGGUCUUGUUUGAUCUGAAAACGGAGGCUAACAAGAUUAAAGACGCGUUUUUUAGGAUGGAGGUGGGAGAAGAGGAAGACGUAAUUGAGGAAGACGAGGAGGAGGUCGGCCAAUCGCCUCCGGUGGAGGAGUCUGCGAGGCCGUGGAAUCUGAGGACGAGGAGAGCCGCGUGUAAAGCUCCGAUUGCCGGAGGAAAGGGAUUGGGGAUUGAGGAGAAGAAGAACGUGAGUUCAUCGCCGUUGAGGUGCGAGAACAAUGGCUCGAGGUUGAGAGGUGGAUGCGGAGGAGGAACGUCGGAGAAGAAGGAGAAGGAGAGGACCAAGUUAACGGUGUCCCUGUCGAGGAAGGAGAUCGAGGAGGAUUUCAAGAAGAUUCUUGGGCAGAGGCCGCCGAGGAGGCCCAAGAAACGGCCAAGGACCGUUCAGAAGCAAUUGGAUUCGCUAUUUCCGGGGUUGUGGUUGUUGGAUAUUACAGUUGAUUCAUACAAGGUUCCUGAAUCCGUCGAGAACGGCAAGAGGUAGUAAUGGGAAUGGCGGCCUGAGUGGAAAGUUUCAAGGAUUCUGCUUUCUGACUACCGGUGACUUCAUGACCCUGACUAGUGCUAUACCACACCUUCUUUCUGAAUUGGGAACUUGAUCAAAGUGUUGAUUUCCCAGUUACUUGUGGUUUUUCUCUACUUUCUUUUAAAUGCUAAUUAUGAUUUGUUUUUCUUUCUUUCUUUCUUAUCAUAAUAAUCUUGUGUAAAGGAAAACUUUGGUAGCUGUUAUUAGAUGGAAGAGAACCCUUUUUUUUUUUCUUUUA